AUGACGAAUGACGAUUUUCUGCUUCAGAGGCUCACUGAAGGAAACUAUAGAGGUUGCACCUUUGAAGAUGGCCCGGGCCCCUGUGAUUAUCAUCAGGAUCCCUAUGAUGAUUUUGACUGGGUCCAUGUUAGUGCUCAAGAGCCUCAUUACCUCCCCCCUCAGAUGCCUCUUGGUUCCUACAUGAUAGUGGACUCUUCACACCACAGCCAUGGAGAAAAGGCUCGACUUCAACUUCCUAACAUGAAAGAGAACGAUACCCACUGUAUUGACUUCAGCUACCUUUUGUAUAGUAAGAAAGGGACAAGCCCUGGGACUCUGAACAUCUUGGUUAGGGUGAACAAAGGUCCUCUGGCGAACCCCAUUUGGAACGUGACCGGCUCCACUGGCAAAGACUGGCUACGGGCAGAACUGGCUGUCAGCACCUUCUGGCCAAAUGAAUACCAGGUAAUAUUUGAGGCUGAAGUCUCAGAUGGGAGAAAUGGCUACAUUGCCAUCGAUGACAUCCAGGUUCUGAGCUACCCUUGUGAUAAAUCUCCUCAUUUCUUGAGACUGGGGGAUGUAGAGGUCAAUGCAGGUCAGAAUGCAACAUUUCAAUGCAUUGCUACAGGAAGGGAUGCAGUGAAGAACAAGUUAUGGCUGCAGAGACGCAAUGGAGAAGAUAUUCCAGUGGCCCAAACAAAAAACAUAAAUCACAGACGUUUUGCUGCUACCUUUAAACUUCAGGAAGUAACAAAAACAGAUCAGGAUUUAUAUCGCUGUGUUACUCAGUCUGAGAGAGGAUCUGGAGUUUCCAACUUUGCUCAACUUAUUGUUCGAGAACCUCCUAGACCAAUAGCUCCCCCACAAUUGCUUGGCGUUGGACCAACUUAUCUGCUCAUUCAGCUGAAUGCAAAUUCCAUUAUUGGGGAUGGACCUAUCAUCCUAAAAGAGGUGGAAUACCAUAUGACAACAGGGACCUGGACCGAAACGCAUGCUGUCAAUGCACCAACAUAUAAGCUAUGGCAUUUGGACCCAGACACAGAGUAUGAGAUUCGUGUUCUUCUAACUAGGCCUGGAGAAGGUGGCACAGGUCAGCCAGGCCCUCCGUUGAUUACCCGAACCAAAUGUGCAGAGCCUAUGAGAACACCCAAGACUUUAAAAAUUGCAGAAAUCCAGGCACGUCGUAUUGCCGUGGAUUGGGAAUCCCUAGGUUACAACAUCACUCGCUGCCAUACCUUCAAUGUGACCAUCUGCUACCAUUACUUUCGUGGCCAUAAUGAAAGCAAGGCUGACUGCUUGGACAUGGAUCCCAAAGCACCGCAGCAUGUUGUGAAUCACCUGCCUCCUUACACAAAUGUGAGCCUCAAAAUGAUUUUGACAAACCCUGAAGGACGGAAAGAGAGCGAGGAGACCAUUAUUCAAACGGAUGAAGAUGUGCCUGGCCCUGUACCUACAAAAUCAUUAAAAGGAACUCCCUUUGAAGACAAGAUCUUCUUAAAUUGGAAAGAACCAAUGGAUCCAAAUGGUAUCAUCACCCAAUAUGAGGUCAGUUACACCAGUAUACGAUCCUUUGAUCCUGCAGUUCCAGUGGCUGGGCCACCUCAAACGGUGUCAAAAUUAUGGAACAGUACACACCAUGUUUUCCCCUAUCUACAUCCUGGGACUACCUAUCAGUUUUAUAUAAGAGCCAGCACUGUCAAAGGUUUUGGACCAGCUACAGCCAUCAAUGUAACUACCAAUAUUUCAGCUCCCACAUUACCAGACUAUGAAGGUAUUGAUGCCUCUCUCAAUGAAACAGCAACAACCAUAACUGUACUUCUGAGACCAGCACAAGCCAAAGGAGCACCUAUCAGCGCCUAUCAGAUUGUUGUUGAAGAGCUGCAUCCUCAUCGAACCAAACGAGAAACCGGUGCAAUGGAUUGCUACCAGAUUCCUGUCACAUAUCAAAAUGCCCUGAGCAAUGGCUCGCCGGUAUAA